UCUCCUUCCCCCUCCUGAAGCCAUUCGUGACCACCAAAGAAUUGCCAACUGGUGGUGGUCAAGAAGCAGGUUGGAAGAAAUUUGUGACCAAAGUGAUUUGUAUUGUUUCUCGUGUGUUGACCAUUGAAAGCCUUAUAUGAGAAACUAUGACUGGUAAAAAUAGUGGACAAAACAUCAAAUAUAAACACACAUUUAAAUAUACCUGGAAUUUUCCUUUGUUAGCCAUUUUCUCUUAUAAUUUUGGCUAUAUCUCUCUAUUUCUUAAGCAAACCCUUCAUUUUCAACUCCACCAUCUUAGUGUUUGAGCUGUAGCAAUGGAUGAGAUAGAAAUACCUCAAUAUUUCGUCUGUCCCAUAUCGCUGCAAAUCAUGAAAGACCCUGUUACAGAGGUUACAGGCAUCACUUAUGAUAGGGAAAGCAUAGAGCAAUGGUUGAAAACCGCCAAGCACCCGACCUGCCCUGUAACGAAGCAGCUUCUGCCAUCAGAUUCUGAUUUAACCCCAAAUCACACGCUGCGGCGGCUGAUUCAGGCAUGGUCUGCAGCAAAUGCGAGUAAUGGUAUGGAUAGGAUUCCUACACCAAAAUCUCCUCUCAGUAAGAGUCGUGUUCUUAAACUCAUUCGUGAAUUUGAGGUUCCUAAUUUGUAUAUAAAUGCUUUGAAGAAAAUGGAAGUCCUAGCAAAUGACAAUGAAGGGAACAGGAAAUGGAUGGAGGAAGCAGGAGUCACGAAGGCUUUGAUUUUGUUGUUGAUCAGAUGUUACAAGGAAGGUAGAACUAUUGGUCUUGAAGAAGCUCUGAGAAUCCUUUAUCUUAUUUGGAACCCAACAUGUGAAAUCAAGGAUCUUGUGCAAGAAAACUAUGAUUUCAUUGACUGUUUAACAUGGAUUCUAGGGUGUGAGAUUGAGAAUCCUGUUACUGUCAAGACUCACGCAAUGCUAGUCUCGAAAAGGGUGAUUGAAGUCGCAAAUACAAGGCUGUUGGAGAAAUUGAAACCCGAAUUCUUCAAAGAAAUGCUAAGGGUACUGAAAUUGAAAAUCUCUCAACAAGCAACCAAAUCUGCCUUGCAAAUCUUAAAAGAAGUAUGCCGAUGGGGAAGAAACAAAUCCAAAAUCGUCGAAGCUAAUGCAAUUUUCGAGCUUAUUGAAUUUGAACUCGAGAAACCUGAAAAGAACAUCACGGAACUGAUCUCCAAUCUUCAGGCACAUCUAUGUUCCUGCGCGGAUGGAAGAGCUCAGUUUCUAUGCCAUGCCGGGAGCAUAGCUAUGGUGGCUAAAAGGAUCCUAAGAGUUUCGCCGGCAACAGAUGAUCGUGCUGUUCAUAUACUUUCAUUAAUCUCAAAAUAUUCUGCAACCAAACAAUUCCUUUUAGAGAUGUUAAGGGUUGGGGCUGUAACAAAGCUUUGCAUGGUAAUUCAAGCAGAUUGUGAACCAUAUCUGAAAGAGAAAGGUAGAGGGGUCCUUCGAUUGCACUCCAGUUUGUGGAAUGAUUCUCCUUGUAUUGCUGUCUAUCUGUUAACCAGGUACCAAAGGUAA